GUGGUUGUCUAAUGCCUAACCUCAAAUAAAAUGUACAGAAAUAUACAAAUUUUUUAUCAUAAAAAUCAGUUAUAUUCAUAUUUUGAAUAAUUUAUGUUUAUCUAUGUAAAUUGAAACCUUAAGGUGGAUCAUAUAUAAUCAAAUUGUUUUCAAGGGCCUUCACCACCUUUUUAUGCAUUAUAUUCACAAAAAUAAGAAAGAAUGGAAGAUAAACACUCCAAAAGAAUAAACCAGUAUCUCCAACAUUUGACUGAGGAGCGAGACUAUCUCACAGAUAAUGUAUAUAGGAUUAUUAAGCAUGCCACUAAUCAAGUUGAAUCUCUAACUAAAACCCAAACCCCAUCAUCAGAAAAAGAGAAAUUGCUUACAUUUCUUACAAAAUCUUUGGCCCUAUUCUCCGAACUCAACUCCACCAUACUUAAAUAUCUAGAGUGUGAAGGUAUCCCAGAAAACUCGAAACCACCUCAAGAGAAUUUACUAGAAACUUCUGGCCAUAACAUUCAAGAAGUUGAAGAUUACUAUAAAGGCUUUGACGUGAUUAAAGGUAUGCCAGUAGCAACAGAAGAGGGCCCAAAAGUCCCAAAUACCCAAGCGCAAAAUGGUUAUUAUUUCCAAAAGCCUUUAAAUGACUCCACUUUGAAAGCCAUUUGCAACACCAUCAUUAAAAGCACCCAAGAAAAGUCUAUGGCUACAAGAGUCAAACCAACUUCAUUAAUUCAAGAAGAAUGUGACUCAGUUUCAACUGUUAGCACCAGCACAUAUUGUCACCCUUUAUCGCAACUGGCUCCCCCAACUGAAAUCCCCGAGGAGUAUGAUAAUAAAGACCUGAAAAAGGUCAGAGAGAACAUGAUGUACCUCAAAGAGAAAUUAGGGUUAGAAGAUUUAAAUCAGUUGUCUCUUCAAUAUAAUAAGCAUUUCCAGGAGGCCCGCUACCACUAUGAAGAGCAAGUGAAAGAGAGUGUUGAGCAAGCCAAGGACAUUAAAACAGAUAAUAUCUUAAUUAAUAAUGCAUUUAAAGUGGAUAGGGAUAAUGGUGGUGUGGAGCAAGCGAGUGUAGUUCCAGAGCAAGUGUUAAAUAAUGAGCUGCCGGUAAAGAGUACUGGGGCUGUUAAGAAACAAAUGGGGGCUCAGAAGGAUCUGAUUGAAUUCAGUAGUGAUUCACCAUCAUCGGAAAGAGAAAAUUCCAACAAAGUAUCUUCCUGGUUAACGAGCAACGAAACUGAAGUAAUCAGUUCAGAACAACCCCAUCGUACAACCAAAUCUGCAUUAGAAAAAUUGGCCCAGAAUAAACGUCAUGACCGUAACGCAGAAAUUUGGGACAAAAUCAGAAACGACGUACCAGAACUGAAUUUUGUGCCCGCAACGAAAGUGAUAAAAAACGUUUUAAGCUCCAGCUCCUCAGAGAGAUCGUUUAACAAUAAAUCCCAUAAAAAGUCUGCAAAGACUCGAACGUCACUAUAUACCUUAAACCCCAUGGAACUACCUUCGAUUGGUGCGAUUUGCGUCUUUUCCCACAUAGUCUCGCCCGCAGAGUUUUACCUGCAAGUCUGCAACGACACGAACAGUUUUAAUGAGGACAUGAUUCGUCAUAAAUUGGACUCAAAAUUCAGCAAGAGCGAGUCGCCAUUCAAAACGAAACAAAUGGCCAGAGAGAGUUUGGGACAAUUCUGUCGCGGUUACGUCUUAAAAGAGCAAUCCUGGUUCAGAUUGAGGGUCCUAAAUUGGAAAAUAGAUUGUUCGUCCGACGAAGUGGAAGUGCAAUCAGUCGAUUAUGGGUUUAAAUGUGUCACCUCCUAUAAAUAUUUAAGAGAAUUGACGCGGGACCUCGCAGAAGUUCCUAUGUUAUGUAUUAAAUGCCAUUUCCCUUUGUUGUACCCUCCCGGUUCGACUUAUUCCAAUCGGCUCCACUAUUGGCCCGAUAAUACCAAAGAAGAAUUAGAGGAAAUUGUUAAUUUACAUUCGGGAACCGACUCUCUAGCUGAUGUCAUUUUUUUUAAAAUCGUUUUUGCCCAGUUAGACGGCGAUUCCCUCGGGGUGGACCUAGAAGAUUACGCCGGCAAACACCGUGACACUCUCGGUCGUUUCUUGGUCGACAUGCGUCUGGCUCAAGAGAUCCUCGACGAAUACGAGGAUAAUCCGGAAUUGGGCGAGUUCUUGGACGAUCUGGAUCGGUUGGAGGAGCACCACGCAGACAAUCAAAACGAAUACUUGUUCGGCUACGACGCGAAAGAUGAGGUGCGAGUAUGUCGAUUUACAAGGAAAGACGGCACCUGCUAUAAAGGGAAAAAUUGCAAGUUGGAACACGUUAUUCUCAAAGAUGGUUAUACUACAGACAAACUGGCAGUAUUUUAUACCCCGAUAAACGACUUGAUUCUCCCCGUAAAAGGAGACUUAAUACAAGUUUUACCCACCGCAUAUCUCGACCCGUGCACUUAUUUGGUACAACUAGUGAGAAAUCCCAUUAAAGUUUGCGACGCGAGCAACAUGAUAAUGGAUAAAGAAAUGGGGACGCUAAUACGCGCGAUGAACCACCCGAAACUGAUAAUGAAAUAUGAACUGUUUAAAAUUUUACCGGCAAUGGGCGAGUUUAUUUUGGCAUUUCAGCCCUCUACGAACCAAUGGGUCAGGGCGAUGGUGCGGAUGUUGAACGUUAACGGCGACGAAUCUUUAUUAGAGGUGUAUUCAGUGGAUUUUGGUGAUGAAUUUCAGGUGACUAAAAAAGAUAUACGACAGAUGCCGGAGCAAUUUAUACAUCUUCCUUGUCAGAUUGUUCAAAUUUACUUAGAAAACUUCCAACGAAGAAAUAACUUCGACGAGAAAAAAUGGAAAAGGUUCUUCAAUAAGCACAUCUCUUAUAAACUAUUCUUUGCCCAUAUCAGGUCGAAUGAACGUCCCUUAAAAGUACAACUGGAGACAUUAAAAGGCGUAGAUAUCGGACCCACUUUAGUAAAAGAACAAUUAGCCGAGCCCAGAACUAUGGAUAGCUAUUUAAGUGAUGACCCGCUAAAUAAAAAAAAUGUGCCCUCUUACUUUUAUUUAGACAUGGAAUGAUUAUUAAGUUUGUUAUUGGGCAAUGAUAUAGAAUAUUAUUACAUAAAUCACCUUAUAUGUGUUCAAUUUAAAAGUAAUGAGUUGAUUUAAUGUAUUCGGUUUGUUUCAACUUUAUCUGUGCUGAAAAAUUACAUGUUUAAGAUCACUAUUGUUUAUAUGUAAGUACAAAAUUUUCCAACUUUAGUUUUAUAAUAUUAAUUUAACAAUUUAGGUAAAUAUUUGUCUGUUAGUCUUAAUUAUGUGUAUACUUUGCAUCAAUUAAAUAUAACUUUUGUUACAAAAGUU